AACACCAUUCAUAGUUAGCCUCUAAACCCUAACCCAAAAAGCAAAAGUAAAGAUAUGGAAGAAGACGGCACCAAGGCUGCUGAGCUAUUCAGCCGAGGCUACUCCUUCACCUACGACGACGUUAUCUUUCACCCUCACUACAUCGACUUCCCCACCGAUGCCGUCUCUUUGUCCACCCACCUUUCCCGUAAUAUUCGUCUUUCCAUCCCCUGCGUCGCCUCCCCUAUGGACACUGUUUCCGAAGCUCACAUGGCUGCUUCAAUGGCUGCCCUUGGCGGUAUCGCAAUUGUUCACUCCAACUGUACUCCUUCUCAACAAGCUUCCAUCAUCCGUGCUGCUAAGUCUCUUCGUGUUCCUAUAACUCCUUCAGUUUCCUUUGUCUCUCCUGCUGAUGCUCUUCCCGCUUCGUACGGACGAUACGUUUUUAUUACCGAAUCAGAUGGUCUACCAUCCAAGCUGUUGGGUUAUCUCUCGUCAUCUGAUUGUGACAACCUGAGAGAUAAACCAGGGAAACUCAUUGAUUACAAGCGGGAUUGUAGGACUGUGGAGUAUGUUCCUUGGAAUUAUGAUUUGGGAAAGAUAGAGGGGAUUUUAGAGGAAAAGAAACGUGAUUUCGUGGCGUUGGAGAGGGAUGGUGAGGUCGUUAAUGUGGUGAUGAAAGAGGACGUGGAGAGGCUGAAGGGGUACCCGAAAUUAAGGGCGGGAACAGUUGGGGCUGAUGGAGAAUGGAUGGUGGGUGCUGCAAUAGGGACAAGACAGUCAGAUAAGAAGAGGUUGGAGCACUUGGUGAAGGCAGGGGCCAAUGUGAUUGUUUUGGAUAGCUCUCAGGGUAAUUCUAUAUAUCAGAUUGAGAUGAUCAAGUUCAUCAAAAAGACAUAUCCUCAGUUGGAUGUAAUUGGUGGGAAUGUGGUGACUAUGGCUCAAGCACAUAAUUUGAUUCAGGCGGGUGUAGAUGGAUUAAGAGUUGGUAUGGGGUCUGGAUCCAUUUGCACCACCCAAGAGGUUUGUGCUGUCGGACGGGGACAGGCUACAGCCGUUUACAAGGUGUCAUUAAUUGCGGCACAGCAUGGUGUGCCUGUCAUUGCCGAUGGUGGCAUUUCCAACUCUGGACAUAUUGUCAAGGCUUUGGCUUUGGGGGCAUCUACUGUGAUGAUGGGAAGUUUUUUAGCUGGAAGCACCGAAUCUCCUGGAGCCUAUGAGUAUAAGAAUGGUCAACGAGUCAAAAAAUAUCGUGGCAUGGGCUCUCUAGAAGCAAUGACCAAAGGAAGCGAUCAAAGAUAUUUGGGCGAUACCGCUAAGUUGAAGAUCGCGCAAGGGGUUGUUGGAGCAGUUGCAGAUAAGGGUUCUGUACUAAAAUUUAUACCUUACGCGAUGCAAGCAGUAAAGCAAGGAUUCCAAGAUCUCGGUGCUUCCUCCUUACCAUCUGCACAUGAGCUCUUAAAAUCAGGCACACUGAGGCUUGAGGUUCGGACUGGUGCCGCGCAAGCUGAAGGUGGAAUACAUGGUCUGGUUUCGUACGAGAAAAAAUCAUUUUGAGAUUUUUCAUUGUUUUUGUUGUUAAAGACAUUUUGGUUUCGUAUAAGAAAUAGUUGGGGAUGUUUAUGCGUAUGAUUAACUUUUUGUUAGAAAUGUCAAGUUUAGAACCAAA